AUGUCCACCAAACGAGUCAGAAGUCUGUCCCAAAUGUAACUCUAUGAUGUCACAAAGCAAUGUGUCAUUUCUGUGUAUCUGCUGGUGUGUAUAUGACUAGCAUAGGAAGAUAAGUACACAGCAGUCACUUUCUUUUCCAAAUAACAGAACAGAGAACAUGAGCGGGUUUCCAGGAAAGAAGCAUGUAGUUAAGACAAAGGAAGAACGGAAACUGGUCGUAAAAAGCGGGCCACAGAUACUUGCAGAACAGAGAUGGGUCCGGAAGAUGCAGGCACAGAAGGAUGCUGAACAGAGGUUUAUAAUUAAAAGGUGGAUAGACCUAAAAAAUACCUUACAGAAGCCGCCUCAAAAAAGGCUGGCAGAGCUAAGGGAGGCAGAGAAGAGGCAGGUAGAAGAGGGGAAGGCCAUGCAGAGGCAGGAGAGGUGGAGAGAGUGGAUGCAGAAGGAGCGAGUGCAGUGGGAGGCAGAGCAGAGACAGAAAGAGCAGGAGCUCAACUCCUCCAAGAAGAAACUUGAAGAUCUGCAGGAGACCAAGACACCUCAGACACAGGUGCUUAAGUCUCCUACCAUCUUGGAGGAGUUGAAGAUGUUGGAUGAACUGCUUGAGGAGACAGCAGAUAUCAAAGUUCCAUCCAUGUCCCCCAUCCAUCAGCCAGUCUCCCCAAGCCCCCCACCCCUCCCACUGGGUAAAGAUGCAACAUACUUGGGCCUUACCUCCACCAAACCCCCUUCUCUGUUUGUGGAAAUGCUUCCCCUGGCUUGUGAAGCAAGCGACGUACAGCAAAAAAGCCUGCUGUGCCUGCAGUCUGCUGCACAAGCUAAGGCUGAGAAAGUAGAUUAUGGAAAGAAUAUUCUCAGAGAUGAAAGUAAAGUGGAAGUGAAGGAGAAUGAAGGAUUAGAGAGUGGACUGUGGAAGAUGCAAGUACUGGAUGCAUCCGUUGAGGAAAGGUCAAACAGUGAGAUACUGAAGAAAAUGGAGGAGGUGGUUAAGGCUGAAAGGGGAAAAGCAGCAAUGAAAGAGGAGUUCAUAGAAAAGCAGAAGAAAGCAGAAAAGCUGGCACAGGAGAAGAUGGAGAAGAAACAGAGGGAGCAGCUGGAGCAGGCAGAAAAAAGCAAUAGGGAGAUUAAAACAAAGCUGGAGAAGGAGAGACGCAAAAUGAAAGAUCUAGAAAGGAAAGAGAUGCAAAGGUUAGCAGAAGAGCAAAGAACGGAAAUGAAGAAAGAAAAGGAAGAGAAAAAGGCAGAAAUGGGCUCCUUGCGAAAACGUUGUGGCUUCUUCGAGAAAAUAAAAAGGGCCUUUCAUUUCCACUGAUAAGACAGCCUUUCCAUCUACGGUAACACCAAUCGUGAUAAACAUCAGGGACUGUACUCUUUUCUGUCAUCACCAUGGAAGCAAGGGUUAGUUAAAGUUAAACUAACCCUUUAAGUUAAACGUCUGCACCUUUGCUCAGUCAUUUGGAUCACUGGCACACUUACCAACUUUUAACAAGUACUCCUAAAUGAAAAAAAUAAAAAAUACAAACACUCUCAAGAAUAAAUAAAUAAAAUGACAACAAAUAUGUUGGAUGUAUAGUUUAUUGCUUUGGGAUAUCAAAUUACUUGGCUCUCAUUGUAGACUUCUAAAGUAAAGAUUGCUACCGCUUUUGCAUAAAGUGCAGGAUUACAGCUACAGAAGAGCACAUUCUAGUACCUAUGCGUGUACCAUUUUGCUCACCUGGACGGUGGCUGUGCUCCUUUUUGCUCCUAGCUUCAGACCUGACCACUGGACUGGAAAGUAAACUUGUACAGCUGAGCUAACGACUGCUGUGUGGGAUUGCUAGAGCUACCCAGUACGAAGGGCAAAAAUACAGCCUGGAAACAUAGCUAGCUACAUACGAUGUUAUCACCCUGGCCUGUGCCAGUGGCCUUUCUGCAGCUGUCUUUAGUUUUAGCUAGCUAUCUCCCAGCUAGCUAUAUGAGAGAGAAUCAUAAGGCAAGCACACUCAAUUAUAGUAUCCACACAUGGCACAGAUACAGUAUAAAAGAGGGUGAACUAUGUUAGUUGGUAUUGGGCCUUUGUGUAUUUUUGCCAUUUGGAGUUUUGAGAGUCUGUUCCAUUUUAGGGUUGCAUGUUGAUUUGAAAAAGUUAAGUUGAUUUUUACGUUUAACACGCAAUUUAUACUUUUGCAUAAG